UUACCACAUUCCCAACUCGUUUGGUGAGCUGUCCCAAACAGCUGCUGAAGUUGACAGAAGCGGAGCUUUUAGAGUUGGUUGAGCAUGGAGGUGUUGACAGUUUGUGUGGCGUUUUUAUCCUUGUUUGUGUCAUUGAUCAGCGCUUUCUCUCAGUCUCUGGACAGUGACUUUACUUUCACUCUACCGGCUGGACGCAAAGAGUGUUUCUUCCAGAACAUGAAGAAAGACGCUUCACUAGAGAUCGAGUAUCAGGUUUUAGAUGGAGGGGGUCUAGAUGUGGACUUCUACUUGCAUUCACCCAUUGGCCACAUUCAGGUCUUUGACCACAAAAAGUCUGAUGGGGUUCACACAGUGGAAACAGAGGAGGGAGACUACAUGUUCUGUUUUGAUAACACAUUCAGUACCAUUUCUGAGAAAAUUAUCUUCUUUGAGCUGAUUUUGGACAAUGUGGAUGAUGGCGAGGAAUCAGAGGACUGGAAGACAUAUGUGCAGGGAGCUGAUAUUCUGGAUAUGAAACUAGAGGACAUCAUGGACACCAUCAACAGUGUGAAAGCUCGUUUGGGCAAGAGUCUCCAGAUCCAAACAGUACUGAGGGCCUUUGAGGCACGUGACCGCAACCUGCAAGAAAGCAACUACGAUCGGGUCAACAUGUGGUCUUGUACAAACCUUGUCAUCAUGGUGAUCGUAUCCGGGCUUCAGGUCUACUUGCUGCGCAGCCUUUUCGAAGACAAGCGGAAAGCGCGCACAUAGCCUCACCCACUGCAAGACAAAAACACACACGUAAACCUCUCUAUUUCUCUGUCAAACUCCCUUAACUGAGUUCCUCCCAUCAAAGUGUCCUUGAGCUGAUGAUAGGAGGAAUCUCUCUCCUCCUUCCGCUCCUUUUAUCCAUCUUGCCUUGUUGUGAUGAAGACAGUCAUUUUCUACUCUUCACAAGUCAGGAACUCUGGUGCCGAUAAAAUGAGUGAUUCAAGUGGAUCUCUAAGCUGCUGCUGCACUCUUCCAGGCACUGAUGAGGAUAUACUGAUAUGCAGCAUGUAUCGUAUUGUACAAGGCUUAAUAUUUUAAUAUUGCACAGAUGUGAAGUGUUUGUGAGAAGUAGUGAUGUCUGAUUAAAAUAUGAAAUGUAUUGAAUGCAUUUUUUUGUACGUUAACCACACACUAUGCCCAAUUUCUGAUUGUUACCCUGUCUGUCACUGAUAAAUAUAGGGCAAGCCACACCAAAUACGUACCUACAUUGCUAUGAAUUUGUCAUGUGAACUUUUCUUUUAAAAAAAGAAUGGCCAACUUAACACGGCCAUUCUUAGAAGUCCCGGUCAGUGCCAUCCUCUCGCACACAGGCAAGAGUUACUGGCCAGCAGAGCUGAGAUUGGGCCAGGCAGAAUGUGGAGUAAGGAAAAGGCCUCUGAGCUCUAUAAAUCACUGGAGGCCUUAGCAACUGAAUACAUACAGCAGCAGCAGCUCAAUCCCUCAUCUUUCAGUGACAGCAGGGUUUUCUUACAGCAGCCGGGCAGGGGGCAGCCUGAUAGACAUUUGCAUUGGCUUCAGUGUGGGGUUAAAGGAAUAUUCUGGAUUCAAUACAAGUUAAUCUCAAUUGAAAGCAUUUGUAGCAUAAUGUUGAUUACCACAAAAAUUCAUUUCAACUGGUUCCUCCUUUUCUUUAAAAUAAGCACAAAUCGAGGUUACAGUAAGUUGAUUUCAAUGGAAUGGGGACCAUGUUUGGAGGGUUUAAACAGAAAUGUGAAGCAUAUAAUUUUAUAAAAGUAUUUACAUGACUUCUUCUGUUAAAACUCAUGUAUUUGAGCUGUAAAAUGUUUUAAAUUGUCAUUUUUAUGGUUUGUUGACAUUACAUAAUCAUUAUCUUUUUGAGUGUGAAAUGUUUUUUUGGUAAUCAACAUUAUGCCACAAAUACUGUCAGUUGAGAUUAACUUGUAUUGAACCUGGAAUAUUCCUUUAAAGUUUAUUCUGAGGCUGGAUUCCUCUAUGAUUGGUGAAUGUGGCUCCUGAUACAGAUGCACUGGUGUUCUGUGAUGGCUGUGAAUUUGAUUAAAAUGUUUUUAGUGCUUAUUGCCUUGUUUCAGAGCAGGAAUACUUGGGUGAACUAUGCAGAUUCUAAAAAUCUUAAUUUGUGUUCAGCAGAAAAAAGAAUGUCAUACACAUCUGGGAUGGCAUCAGAGUGUAUAAAUGAUGAGAGAAUUUUCAUUUUGGAUGAACCUUUAAGGAACUAAUAUUUUGCUGUGUUGUGUUCUCUGAAUGGUGACAGUCAGGCUACUUCUGUGUUCUUACUAUGCCAGCCAUCUUCCAGAAUUAUUUGGCCUUUGGGGAGCCAUACACACAGGAACAAUCAAUUAAGAUUACUGCAUUGAGAGGUCUUUUGAUCAAAUCAUCAUCAUUUGUGCUUUUAACUUUUUAUUCUUGUUUUAGAGUAGUUGCACUGUUUUCAGUGCCAAGACCCAAAAGGUCAGGUCAAGUCAGAUAUUUCUCAUGUGAUUUUAAUUCCUGGCUAAAUAAAAUGCCAUAAUUUAACACAUGGAUUUAUGGUAAAGGAAUGUUCCGGAUUCAAUACAAGUUAAGCUCAUUCGACAGCAUUUGAGGCAUAAUGUUGAGUACCACAAAAUUAAUUUUGACUCGUCCCUCCUUUUCUUUCAAAUCUGGGUUACAGUGAAACACUUACAAUGGAAGUGAAUGGGGCCCAUUCGUAAACAUUAAAAUACUCACUAUUUCAAGAGUAUAGCCAUGAUACGUAAACAAUAUACAUGCUAACAUGAUUUCAGUGUAAUAAAUGUAUCGUUUGCUAACCUUUACUGUGUAAUAUUAGCCUAUAUCCAAUUUUACAUCUUCGUUGGGAUGACAACACCAUAAAACCUAAAACGACUGUAAAAAGGACGAUUUAAACAACUUAAAUGAUCAAAUAAUGUACACGUUUAACAGAAACGAAAUGAAGUGCUUUUAUAAAAUUACACAGUAUGCUUAACAUUUCUGCAUUUAAACCCUCCAAAAUUUGGUUCCAUUCACUUCCAUUGCAAGUGCCUCACUGUGACCUUGAUUUUGAAGAGAAGGGCGGGGGGAAUCAACAUUAUGGCACAAAUGCUGUAGAUUGAGCUUAACUUGUAUUGAACCUGGAAUAUUCCUUUAAAUUUAGGUUUAGAGUCUAUGGUUGCACUGUUCCAUAGAGAGUUUCUCAUUGAAUUCUCAUUUUAACCCAUGUUGCCACCUAGUGGCUUUAACAGUGCAAACUGACAUUUGCCAAUUGUCAACAAUUUACUCACCCUCAUGUUGUUCCAAACCAUAUUAUUAUUAAUGUUUUAAUUUUUUGUAAGUAGAACUCAAAAAGAGAUGUUAGGCCUCGUGACCAUUUACUUUCAUUAUAUAUUUUUUCCCAUACAGUGAAUACAGUCCAAUGGUGACUGAGGCUGGAGUUUUGCUUAAUUUCUCCUUUUGUACUCCACAGAAAAUAGUCGUGGAUUUGGAUCAAUAUGAGGAUGGGAAAUGAGGAAAGGAUGAAAAAUCCCUUUAAGACAAAAGAAAAAUAUGAUGUAGGACUUUUAUUUUUUUAACUAAAAAAUGUCAAAUGAGUGUCAAUAAUCUGUGAUCAUUCACAACUGUGCCAUUGCUAUGUUUGUCUACACAAUUAAAACGAAUAUAACAUUAUUUAUAUUCAGUUUUCUGGACUGUGCUUUUAAUUUUAGUGUAAUUGUUUAAUUGCGUUAUAUUACAUCUCUUUUGACGUUUGAAAAUUUUAGUAAGGAGGACAUUGAUAUACAACCUAGUGUAUUGCCUAAGAUUCA